CUCCGUCGUUGUUUUUUAUUUUCAUUUGAGCUGUGUCUGUGAGUUAAUCAUGUAACCUAUCUUAAAAGAACUGCGACGACAGUGUCAAAAGGAAGAGUUAUUUCGACCAUGGCGUAUCACUUUAGAAAACUCAGUCAGACAUUUAGAUUUAUUCCUUCUUCCAAAUCCAUCGGAUUUUCGACGAGAGUCGAAGGGGACCAAACGAAGAAUGUAAGAUUUAAUUUUACUUUAACUUUAAAUUACUUUAAUUUUUUAUUUUUUAGCGUUGUCAACUCCAACAAUUCCAAUUAUGUUUAUUUUAAAAUAAAUAAAUAGCACAAGCCGCACAUCGUUAUUUUAUUAACUGUGAUUAUUUUUUUUGUAAAGAAUCAUCUUAUCUCCUUUGUGAGAACUAACUUAAAAAAUAUACUCCGUAUUGGGUCCAUAUCAAAAUUUUAUUAAAAUUAAAUAUCAAACAAUGAAGCUACCCUAAUUUCUAAGCCUAAGCUGCUAAGCAAAUUAAUUUUUUUUAGUGGAGGGUACAAUAUUAAGGCAGGCAAGUUAUUAAAACAAUUAUGAACUACUUCAUUAACUUCAUGCAUGAUUCAUUUUAUUUUUUUUUUCAUUAUCAGUCUUGCUUAGACAGUACUCAAGUUAUAUCCAACUUGCCCUGCAUUCAGCUCUACGACAGGGCUCUCUUGUGCCAAUAUGAGGAUCAUGGAAAUGUUGUUAUACCUGACACUUAUGCAAUCUUGAGAUCACAGAGUGAAUCUGAUCUCCUAAGCCGCCUGCUUCCACUUCCCCUACCUCUUCAUGCCACACCAGCAAAGCCUCUGCCAAUUUCGUACAAAGACCUCAUUCAAAUUUUUCUUCCCAAGCAUGCAGAGGCAACAAGCACAUCCUCAAAUGAUAUAUUUACCUUCUUAUCCUUGGUGAAGUCUGUGAAUAUAACCAGUGAUGAUAUUCUAGUUCAUCCGCAAACACACUUUGGCAAAAUAAUAGAAGAUGAAAUAAGUUCAAGGGAAAGAAUGCCAGUAGAUGUUCUAUCUCAACAUCAUUAUUACAAUCAACAGGCCAGCCCAGCUGUUACCAAUAUUUUCCCUGUUACUCUAAUAAUGGGUAGUUAUGCCCUUCUCAAUCAGAGCCUUCAGACAUUGAGUGCUGAUAAUGUUGGUCACACUUUAACUCACCUGUAUUUUUCAUCUGGGGGGAAUCCUGAGUCAUCUAAAGGUAGUGGAAAGCAUGGGCCCACACGUUCUCAAUUGCAUGAUAUAAAGGAGAAACUGGAAGAUCUUGUAAGUCUUUUUUGUGUAUUACAUUUAUUGACCUAACAAUAUGGUGAUUUUUGGAUUAUUAGUUUUUGUUUUAAAAAAAAUGUAAUUGCAAUGAAAUUAUUCUGUAAACUUGUGUGGCGAACAUGGAGGCUUUUAUCUUUAUCUGAUAGAGAAAUAAAUGACUUUCUAUUCUUUUGUAUGUGCAGGUGUCCAAACUCUUCAAAGGCCAACACAACUAUGAGAUUCUACAUAAAAAUGUUACAUUAGAGAACAACUUGUUUGGUGAUAAUAAAAUAUGCAUGUAAGUAAUGUAAGUUUUUUGUUUGAAAAAAAAGAAGAAAAACACUGUUUGAGAGCUGUUUAAAAACACAUUUUGAGAGCUUUUUAAGAAGAUUAGUUUACUGUAGAGUGUAUUUUUUCAGCUAUUUUUCUAAUAACGCAACAUGUCCACUAAAAGGUUGCACUGAAGGAGCUAGUGGUUACUGCAUGUACAAAUACAUAUCUAGAUUUUACCUAAAUGGUAUAUAAGGGGUUGACAUUGUUGGUGUUUAUAUGCCAAUUCUUCAUGCCAGGCACAUGUGUAUGAUUAAAUUUUUUAAAAGGACAGGGCAAUUGCGGGAGUUCGAUGCUCUACUGUAUAAUUAUGGAGUUUUAUAUGUCAUUGUAAUAUUGUAAAUAAAGUUUGAAACAAAAAUGUAAUAUGAAGACUAAAACAGAUAUGUAAAUUGGAAACAUAAAAAAUUUAAAUUAUUACGUCAAAGUUAGGUUAAGACUGUAAAUUAUAUUACUUAUUGUUUUGUUUUUUUAUUCUCCAGAGGUAUGACAGCAUACAAGCUUGAAUUAUGGAAACUACGACUACGAAUUAAUGCACAGUAUUUUAGUACAGCAAUGGAAAUCUUGAGUGUCACAACCUUGGAACAGACCGGUGUGAUUCGAAUACAUUGGAGGCUUAAAGGUCUGACUAUAAGAUUGGUGCAUUCCUUAAACUUUCAUGACAUAAAGCUUCUUAGUUGUUAUUUUAACACUGUAUUUAUUUAGAAGGGGAAGCAUUAAGUUAGGAAUAAUGCAUAUGGUAAUACAGACCUGCCAACCCUUCUGAUUUCGUCAGAAUUAUACAGAUUUUUACCCCUUAUUCCGACCUUCCAACAAACUCCUUAAAAUUCAGAUUUUUCUAACUAUAUAAUUUUUCACCCUACAUAAAAAUCCAAAAGGGACAACAAACAAAAAUCGGGUACGACAGAAAGUGUUGCAUUUGUUUUUACGAAGUGUCUAAAUGUCCAGCGACCGGAUGAAUAAGUGAACAAAUUCUCGAGAUAUUUGUCCGGCUAGUGUUUAUUAGACCAACUCACAUGACCACCGUAACAGCAUUGCGCGAGAUAUUUGUCCGUCAGCCUUGUCAUGUGACCACUAAUUGUCGAUCAGAGUUUACGGUACUUCAUUCAACAAAUUCAAGAUAGUCUAGACAUUUACAAGAAAAAGAAACAUGUUCAAUUAUAAAAAGGAAAUACUAAAACCGUAUAUAAUGAACAAUUGGUCCAAAAGUGACAAUGUGGCAUGCCCGCCGGAUAAAUAUCUCCCGCACUAUUUGUCCGGUCGCCUGGCGUGUAGACACUGCAUUGUUUUCAUCAAAGCGAACCGCGAUCUUCAAAUCAUUCUUCAAUCAUUAAUUGAUCCGAUCGCGAUUAAUCCUUUUUACUAGGCUAAAUAAUUAUUCAGACUUUUUUUGUUUGUUUAAGCUUUUCUUAAUUAAAUGAUUAAAUCUAUUGAAAGUGAUGGGUACAAUGGUAUUAAUAAACAUUGAAGGAAAUAUUUCUCUAGCCCUAGCCAACUCCGAUGCCGAUCGUUUAAUUUUAAUGCCAGAGUCAAAGAAACUUUUCCAGACUACAGAAUGCUAGAAGAUUGUAAAGAAAAAUUACAAUGAAACAAAGGCAAGCAUGAAAGUUUAUACUUUUUCUAACUUGCUUGUAACUAAAAUCAACUGCAAUGCUAACCUUCAGUUGUGCAAAGAGCUGUUGGACAAGUGCAAAAAGGCCAGUAUCACUAGUCACUAGGGAUAUGCUAGAAUACUGAACUCUUACUAAGAUUAAGAGUCUUAGCAGCCCUUGUGUGUACAUAUGUAAAUUAAAUGGAUCUUCUGUACUGUAUAUAUCUGUAUAUAAACAUUUCCAGUAAUGUUUACCUCAUGUUCUGUGGUGUUCUUUGGACCCUUCAAAGACAAUGGCACAAUGGAGGUAACUUAAUAUUUCUUUAUUUACUAAAAAAAAGGCGUGUGCAUUAGUAUAUAUUAUAUAGAUCUUAAAACCCCCCCCACGAAGCGCCUCCCCGGGGCGGCCCCACUUCCCCCCCUGCGUGCAACCCCCCCUACAGAUUUUUUUUUCUUGGCAGGUCUGGUAAUAUAAAAAAAAAAGAGAAUAGUUUCCAAAUUCUGUUUCAAUUAAUCUGUUUUAGUAUUACUAUUAGUGAAUUUAUUGGUUGUCAUUGGUCUCUCCUCAGUACAUUUUCGUAACUGUUUUUGAGGUUUUGAAGAUAUGUUUUUGUCAGAAGUUAUAUGUCAAUAAUGUGUUUUAUUUGAAGGUCUACCACAAGUGCAGAAUCUUAAGUUCUGGCGACUGUUUCAAAGUAACAAGACUAUAGCAAAGGAAGACUGGGAGUAAGUGGACUAUGGAGUUUUGUUGUUGUUAUCAUAAUGGCUUGUAAGGUUAUAAUCUUAUUUUAAAAGUCCAAGUCAGUAAGGGAAAGCUUAUGUUAUGAUAAAUUAAUGGACUUUAAAUAUAACUCGGUGUACAUUUUUCCUGUGCUAUAAAAUUUUUUUAAAGUGUUUAUUACACUGUGUCUGUACCUCCAUGUCAAAAUUCUGAUUUCCUUGUGAGACCUUUGAUAUGAAAAGAUGGUUUGAUGUUCUUUAAUUUCAUUAUUCUUUCUUUCUUGAUAGAUGGCUUGAAGCAUUUUCAUACUUUCACAUUGGCAAGGAUGGCCUUGUACACAAACACAGAAUUGACAGGGUGAGUGGUAACUACCCACUUAAGUCUGUUCCAUUUGUGGGCUGGCUUGUUUUCCGAAUUCCAAUUACAUUUUUCUGGCACAGGAAACUCAUGAAUGAUAGAUCUUCAACUCACUGGCUUAGAUGUAAAUUUUAUAUUAUUGUGUUAACUAUAAAGAGAUUGUCAACCUUAAUGUAUUUGGGAAAAUUUGUAAAAACCUUGUGGGUGACAAACUGUGUGCAUGAAAUAGAUUUUACACUUAAAGGUAUUUUUACCCUGUAAAUAUCUUGUGUAAAAAGUCCAUAACUGUGUUUUGUAUUAAUUUAAUCUUAUAUGACCUUCAAUGGUCACUCUUCAUGUAUCUUUAAUCUUAUAUGACCUUCAAUGGUCACUCUUCAUGUAUCUUUGAUUAAGCACUAUGCCUUGAUUUUUGAGACAACAUAGUAUGUUCCCCAAACUCUCUACUGGUAUGUGAGACAACAUAGUAUGUUCCCCAAUCUCUCUACUGGUAUGUGAGACAACAUAGUAAGUUCCCCAAACUCUCUAUUGGUAUGUGAGAGAGUUUUGCAUCAUAGAAUUGGUAACUUUAACUUGCAUCUUUUAAGACUCACCACCUCCUGGUCUAUAUUUUCUGUGUCUCAAUACUGUCGUCCCACAGCUUCUCUCUAAGUCUAUAGCCUUUUUUUUUAACCAAUAUAACAUGAAUUCAAUAAAAAGUGGAUCAAGAUAGUGAACAUGAUACGGCGCACGCUCGGUUGUCAGUAUUCAAAUUACAUGGUAUGGAAUCAAGAUGUGUGUAUUUGAGCAUUUCCAGGGGGUCUAAUAAUGUUAAAAACCAUAUUUAGAGGGCCGUGAACAAUGAUAAUCUUCAAUUUAUAAAUAAACAAUUCUACUUCGUGGAAAGUCACGUAUCAAGGUGGAGUCUGGAACUGAUUAACUGCAAUUAACAAGGGACAAAUGUACCAUAUAUAUAUAUAUAUAAAAUUGAACUUCAGAACUAUAAAAAAAAAAACUUUUCUGUAUUCUUAUGUUUCUAGAUGAUUCCAGACAAUGAGAUGGAGUCUGGCAAACUCACCGACAAACUGAGGGGACUUCUAAACCCAGCAAAACCUUUGGUCAGUUGAUCAUAUUAGAGCUACGAACUCAACUUUAACAGAUGACCUUUAAUGGGCAUGAGAUACGUCGUCAUUAAGAUGAGAAUAUUUGUUGGUUUUGCACCAAAAGGACACCACCCUUGUUACAUCAAAAUUAAUUUUUUUCUAAUGCUAUUUAUUAGAUUAUUCAAUUAUCAUGAAAACUGGAAACCCGUUUCUAUUUUCAAAAUAGUCCAAUGUUAACACCAACAUUCAUGUGUGAUUUAUCUUAUAUUUUAAUUUGAUUCAGUUUUUAAAGGUGUCUUUAAUGUAUUGACGUGUCACAUGUACCAAUGUGAUAAUCAGUGGACAAGAGUUUGUUUUUUUAAGUAAGGUAUCAAAUAUUUAGACCAAAACAACAAUAGUAAACUGUUGUGUGCACGCAGUUGUCCUGGGAUGUCAACUAGAGGGCUUCGUAUACCUGUAGAUACCUGUAAUUUUCAUGAUUAUUAAAACAUAUGUAGAUGGUUUUUUUAUUUACUAACAGUAUGUUCUAGAAUCACUGUAUGCACAGAGUAGAUUGUCUGACAAGUGAAAAUUGCCUAUUGUGUUUUAUUAUAAUCAAGUUGACUUGACUAAUCAAGGCAAGAAGUAUUCAUUCUCACUGUUUAACUUGGACUGUGUUUGAUGAUAAACAGUUUGUGAAGCUUUUUAAUAAAGAUAAUCAAAUUUUCUUUUAAAUAGGUCGUCACUUAAAUAAUUGAACACCAUUUUAAUAGUGAUCUUCAAUUAUUAAUAAAUGAACACCAUUUCAAUACUACCCCCAUUAAUGAUGUUUUAUAUAUGGCGAUAUUAGUUCUGUUUUACAACAUGUGUGUCAUUACUUGUUCAUCUGUGUCAGGUACAUGUGUGUCAUUACUUGUUCAUCUCGUUCAGGUACAACAUGUGUCAUUACUUGUUCAUCGGUCGGGUACAACAUGUGUGUCAUUUCUUGUUCAUCUCUGUCAGGUACAACAUGUGUGUCAGUACUUGUUCAUCUCUGUCAGGUACAACAUGUGUGUCAGUACUUGUUCAUCUCUGUCAGGUACAUGUGUCAUUACUUGUUCAUCUCUGUCAGGUAUAACAUGUGUCAUUACUUGUUCAUCUCUGUCAGGUACAUGUCUGUCAUUACUUGUUCAUCUCUGUCAGGUACAUGUCUGUCAUUACUUGUUCAUCUCUGUCAGGUACAACAUGUGUGUCAUUACUUGAUUAUCCCUUUAUUGCUUGCAGUUACAUAAUCUGCAGGAAGUGUGAUUUAUGAUGUGAAAUUUCUACACAGAUUAUUUUAUUGAUUGACUAGUCUUUCAUGGAGCCAUUAGUUAUACAUGCUGUACAUUUGAGUUCUUCUCCAGUUAGUGAGUCUGAUUCCUCCAGUUAGUGAGUCUGAUGUGAAUAUUUCAUCAAAUCAGAGCUUGAACUUGAAUACUUUUAGCGUUCCCAUGUGACUGAACUGAAAUGAGAAUUGUUCUGAGAUAUUUUGUUUACAAGCUGUUGCCAUAGUAUCUCUGUAUUUGAUUAUAAACUGUGCAAUCUUGUGACAAAUGUUCAGAACACUAUUAAAAUUAGCCAGUCAUAAUAAUUGUGUAAUGAACAUUUUGUGGUUUUACUUUGUAUUUUUUGUUGCAAAAAUAUUUUCCUAGAAAUAUUAGGCCACAAACUAAUAUAAUAAUGAA